AUGUAUAUGAAGAGAGAGGAAACGAAAGCAGAGAAGACGCGAGAGCUGACGGGCGUGUGCGAUCGGAUCUAGAUAGAUAGAUAGAUUUCGCUUGGGUGAAGCCGGGGGCAGGACGAUGGCAACGGCCGUGGUGGAGAAGAAGCAACCGAUGGAAGCGGAGGGGGAGAUGUGUGCGCCGCCGUCGAGACCCAGGGGAGGCGGAGGCGAGGGGUUGCGGCAGUACUACCUGCAGCACAUCCAUGACCUCCAUCUCCAGAUCCGGCAGAAGACCAACAACCUCCAGCGCCUCGAGGCCCAGCGGAACGACCUCAACUCUCGAGUGCGAGCGCUUCGAGAGGAGUUGCAGCUACUUCAAGAGCCUGGUUCGUAUGUUGGCGAGGUGGUUAAGGUGAUGGGGAAAUCGAAGGUCUUAGUCAAGGUCCAUCCCGAAGGAAAAUAUGUUGUUGAUAUUGAUAAGAGCAUUGAUAUAACAAAGUUAACACCAUCAACCAGAGUUGCUCUUCGGAAUGAUAGUUAUGUUCUUCACCUAAUUUUGCCUAGCAAAGUAGAUCCUCUAGUCAAUCUUAUGAAGGUCGAAAAGGUACCUGAUUCCACCUAUGACAUGAUUGGUGGUCUUGACCAGCAAAUUAAGGAGAUAAAGGAGGUUAUUGAACUUCCAAUUAAGCAUCCUGAGUUGUUUGAAAGCCUUGGAAUAGCACAACCAAAGGGAGUCUUGCUUUAUGGGCCUCCUGGCACGGGGAAAACUCUAUUAGCAAGAGCCGUUGCUCAUCAUACUGAUUGCACAUUCAUAAGGGUUUCUGGUUCUGAGUUGGUUCAGAAAUACAUAGGAGAGGGGUCUAGAAUGGUUCGGGAACUAUUUGUUAUGGCCAGGGAACAUGCUCCUUCAAUAAUAUUCAUGGAUGAAAUAGACAGUAUUGGAUCUGCUAGAAUGGAGUCUGGUACUGGUAAUGGUGACAGUGAAGUGCAACGUACUAUGCUGGAGCUUCUAAACCAGCUUGAUGGCUUUGAAGCAUCAAACAAAAUUAAAGUUCUGAUGGCCACAAAUCGGAUAGACAUCCUGGACCAAGCACUCCUCAGGCCUGGACGGAUUGACAGAAAAAUUGAGUUCCCUAAUCCCAACGAAGAGUCCCGCUUUGAUAUUCUAAAGAUUCACUCGAGGAAGAUGAACUUGAUGCGUGGGAUAGAUCUUAAGAAAAUUGCAGAGAAGAUGAAUGGAGCAUCUGGAGCAGAACUCAAGGCUGUGUGCACAGAAGCAGGGAUGUUUGCUCUCAGGGAAAGAAGAGUUCAUGUGACACAAGAAGAUUUCGAGAUGGCUGUUGCGAAAGUCAUGAAGAAAGAAACAGAGAAGAACAUGUCCCUGCGAAAACUAUGGAAAUAGAUUCUUUCCCAUAAGUCACUUGGUUGUUUCUGAAAGGAUAUAAACGACAGUAACCAUUAAAUCUGUGUGUUGGCAUUAUAACUUUUGAACUUUCAUCAUCAAGUGUGAGGCACUGAAGUCUUAUAGUGUUCCCAUGGAUGUAAGAUUCUGCCCUUACUUCCAGAACGAUUUUUUUGUGUGCUUAUGGUAUUUGGCAAUUCUGACUGAA